AUGGCAUUCCCACGCUUUUCGACCGACCUGGCUCCCUUGUUCCAGCUCUUGGAUGACUACGAUGCUCAUCGUACCUAUCGCCCAAAGAGCAAGGUCACACCUGUCCGGACAUUCGCACCCAAGUUCGAUGUGUGCGAGUUCCCAGAUGGAUAUCGUCUCGACGGAGAACUUCCCGGCGUCAACCAGAGCGACAUCGAGAUCGAGUUCAGUGACCCACAGACUCUUGUGAUCAAGGGUCACGUAGAACGCAACUACGACAACACCGCUACCGAGACGGGGGACGACAGCUCAUCCACAAAGUCCCGCCAACCUACAGUUGAAGACGAGACUGAAGAGGGCACUGCCUCCUCAUCGCCAGCUAAGCCAGCUGAGCAGUCUGUUACAAAUUCAGAGAUGCAGACAAACUACAAGUUCUGGGUCUCUGAACGCUCAAUUGGCGAGUUCCAACGAACCUUUGCCUUCCCAACCAGAAUCGACCAAGAUGCCGUCAAGGCAAGUCUGAGAAACGGAAUCCUCUCGAUAGUUGUUCCGAAGGAGGCGGCGCCAAAGUUGAAGAAAAUCCGCGUUGAGUAA